AACUGAACUUGAGAGAGACACACACAGGCACUGACAGCAGACUAAGAGCUCCAUAGUGGGUGAAAUCCAGUUACAUCUGCAAGAAGAAUGGAAGUUGAGUGUUACAUUACUGUAUUAAUGCUGGUUUUAAUUCAAGGAACCUUGGCUGUGAAAUAUCUACACGAAAACACCCUUGUCUAUUUUGUUCAGGAGCGCAGUCCCAAUAAACACUUUGAUCUGUUGGUGGACGGAGAUGAGGUUUUCUACAUGGACUUCAACCUGAAGAAGGAGGUGGCCCGGAUCCCCGAGUUUGACGGUCAUUACAUAGAGGGAGGAGAGGCGGGGAUCUCAGCCAAUAUCGCCAACCUGAAACUCAGUUUUAAUGUUUGGAAGAACCUGUCCCAUGGGACCCCGGAACCGAAAGUUGCCCCCCAGAUUGCCAUGUAUCCUGAAGAGCCUGUUGAAUGGGGGCAGCCCAACACAUUGAUCUGUCUGGCUGAUAGAUUCUACCCUCCACACAUCAGCAUGACAUGGUUGAGGAACAGUGAGCCAGUGACUGACGGAGUCAACAUUACGGAGUUCUAUAUGAAACAGGAUUAUUCCUACCAGAGAUUCACAUACCUGAGCUUCAUCCCGAAUCCUGGAGACAUGUAUUCCUGUCAUGUGGAACAUGAGGGGCUGCAGGAACCAGCGACUGUAUUCUGGGAACCUGAAGUGCCCGAGGAACAGUCUGAUCCUGAGACAGUGAUCUGUGUUCUGGGAAUUAUCCUGGGAAUUAUCAGUGCUGUUGUAGGGGUCAUCUUACUGAUCAAAGAGAGACAGCGGCUGCAAGCUCAGCAACACGGCAUCUAGGGGUGGAAGGCAGGAAAUGCUUCACCGCACCAUGUCUCCUCAUCGCUGCAAUGUGUCCUCUUGUUGCUCCAUGUUCUCUCAUCACAUUGUACGUUCUUGUUGUCGCAAAAUGUUCUCUCAGUGCUUGGUGUGAACCAGCAGUGAACUACAACUGCUUGGAUUGACACAAUUACGUCUUUAGAAUUCACGAUAUUUUAAUAUAAUCUUUUCAAAGAGAAAUUUUUUGUUAGAAAUGAAGUGUCUCCUGUUCUUGUGCCAAAUGAACACUGUAAGUUCAUCAAGUGCUGUCACAGAUUUAAUUAAAAUUACACAAAUCUCUGGACUAAUAGUUUGGGUGUUGUAGUUUUAAUUUUACCAUCUUGUCCCAAUAGUCUGUCCUCCGCAAUGCUGUGUCCAAUUCUACUUAAUGUGUUUAGCAGGUUACAAAGCUCCCUAUGUCGUGGGUCCAAAUGUUAACUCAGAACAAAGUCCAGUUGUUUGAACAAGUUGAGCAUCAAAUCAUCCACUUCCUCAACCCAGCUGAACAUCUGGAAGACUAAGUCAAAGCCUCAUGCUCCCAGGAAACAAAAUAACAUUGUCAAGAAACCUCAGAUAAUUCACAGGGAGGAGGCUUCUGAUCACAAAAGGUGUACAGCAAUGGCAGAGGAGACCUAACUGUUUCCUAUAGUGGCAGGAGGUAGAGUAGCAGUUUACAGGGGAAAGUUUUUUCAGUUCAUUCACGGGAUGUCGGACCUGUGCAGCACUGACUGGCCAUCCCUAGGUGCCCUUGAGAAGUUGAUGGUGAGCUGCCUUUUUGAACUGCUGCAGGUAGACCCACAAUGCCCUUAGGGAGGGAAUACCAGGAUUUUCACCCCGCGACACUGAAAGAACGAUGAUAUAUUUCCAAGUCAGGGUGGUGAAUGCAUUGGAGGGGAACUUGGAGUUCUCUAUUUUUAAUGUUUCCAUUUAUUAUGUUUACUAUCAGUAUUCAUCUCAUCUUCUAUUAACGGCUUUGGCAUCCAGUGGAAGACGUCUUCUUCCGGCCCAGGAUCGGCAAUGAGUGGAUUUCAGUGGCUGCUGUGGAUGGCCUGCAUCAGAAGGACCUUCCGGCCUAAUAUUCCAGCAGUCCGCAUGGCGAUCUCAUCCUGGGUGGCAAUCUCAGACUGGCAUAGUGAUCUUCUUUGACUCUUCCCAAACUCAGGAGCUGUUAAUUGAACUGACAUGAACUUUGUCUUAAUUUUUUUUCUUCUUAUCUAUGACUUCUGUGAUUAAUAUAAAUGUCAUGGUAUGGUGACUUAAACACUUUUACUAUAUUUUUUGUAGAAAUACAUGUCACAAUAAAUUGCAAAAAAAUGGG